GUGCAUCCCUCCCUCUCUCUCUCUGUUUGCGCUCUGUCCGCAGUCAGAGGCAUCUGGAAUCAGUGCGGACCAGAAUACCUCUCCCUUUUCAUUAUUAAUACGAUACAAACAGAGCAGUCAGUGAUACAGCUGCUCACUGCUGAAAGAUCCACGGAGAGGUUCAACUUUUUCUCCCAGCACCAAGUGGAAGAAAACUCUGCACUGGAACUGGGAUCCUUGGUAGUAUUGGCUCUCAAAGGGAAAAACUACUCUCUUUUUUUCUACAGUGAUUUUAUAAUGAAAUUUCAGCAGCUAUAGUCAAGAUUAAAUAACCGGAUACCUCAGGAGAUCCAGAAUAACAGGUUAUCCUCACCGUCCGUGCAGGAACAUUAUGGAAAUAUUGGAGUGAUUUCUGUUCCUCGGGGCGGAGGGGGGUUCGCUGCUGCUGCUGCUGCUGCUGCUGCUGCUGCUGCUGCGGGGCAGUGUUAUUUUCCCACACGGACCAGGGCUGAUCCGAGGGCAGAGGGGAGCUAAAUGCGGCUGACUGGCGACCCUGCACCGGGAACCAUGAACAGCAGCGGGUCUGGCAACUUUCUGCUGGUCCCCAUACCGGAGUAUCCCCUGCUGGACUGUGUGCCCAACAAGACGGUGAAGAUCGUGGUGCUGGGGGCGAGCAACGUCGGGAAAACCGCUCUGAUUGUCAGGUUUCUGACCAAGAGGUUCAUCGGGGAUUAUGAAGCAAACACCGGAGCGCUCUACUCCCGAAAGGUCACGCUGGAUGGGGAGGAAGUGUCGCUUCAGAUCCAGGAUACUCCCUGCGUCGCUCUCCAGGAUGAUGCUGAGGGCCUGUACUGCCAGGAGCAGAUCAACAGGUCGAUCUACUGGGCGGACGGUUACGUGCUGGUUUUCUCCAUCACUGACCACAACAGCUACCGAACCAUCCAGCCGCUCUACCAACACGUCAGACGCAUACACCCCUCUGGAAACAUUCCUGUUAUACUGGUUGGCAACAAGAGCGACCUGCUCCGCGCCCGACAAGUGCCUGCAGACGAAGGCGAGACGUUAGCGGCUUCGUUAGGGGGAGUUUACUUUGAGGCCUCGGCCAGAGAGAACCACGAAGGAGUCCACGCUGCCUUCCUACAUCUCUGUCAGGAGGUGAUCCGAGCACUGGGAGGAGGUAACGGGGAGAAAAGGAGAGGAGGCCUCCACCUGGCCAGACCCAAAUCUCCCAACAUGCAGGAGCUGAAGAGGAGGUUCAGGCAGGUCCUCUCCUCCAAGGUCAAGUCAUCCACGACUCUCUGAUCACAGGACGGAUCAGGCAGGCGCAGGGCAAGGAUAAAGAGCUUCCUUGGAAAAAUAAAAGUUGUGGAUUUUUCUAUCAUGGAAGGAAGUAGUCAUCCUCGGAUGAAUGGAUGAAGAUAAAGACCAAAUGGAGCUUUCUGGCAGCUGAGCUCUUCUCUGUGUUUUGGACGAGAGUCAACACGAUCAACGCGACCUCUUCCCAGGCUCGAGUACCGCUGAGGAUGCUGCUCAAAGCGGACACGGUCAAAGACUGCUAAACAAACAGCAUGUGUUGUGUCAGGAACUUGGCAUGUUUACCAUGAUGGAUAUUGAAUGUGUCCGCAAACAUCAUUGUGAACCUCUCAACAUAUUAGGAGCCCAAUCCUUGAAACACUGACACCAUUCAUGUCUCAGUUUUCUUGAGGCUGGAAAAUCACUCUCAGUGAAUUUAAUGCAUUAAAAUCAAUAAAGAAUUAUUGAUUUCACCCUGUCAGACAAAGAAAAAGCAGAUGUCGCUUGUCAUGUAAUGUGGAGUCUCUUAUUUCAGGCUCAACAUUUCACUUUUUCAUUUAUGUUGGUUUUAAUUUAGCUUUAGUCUUUUUAACUAGAUGAUGAGUUCAUU